GCAGGGAGACCCCCCGCGGCGGCGGGCGGAGGCAGCGCGGCCCCGCGCAGCGCCCGGCGGGAAUCCAGUCCGGGUUUUGGUGUCGGGGACCGGCGGCGGGGAAGGGCGAGCGGCAGCGGACCCGCGCCGGGCCAGGCGGGCGGGCAGGCCGGCGGCGGCGGAGGAGGAGGAAGACGAGGAGGAGGGCGGCGGCGAGAGCAGGUGGGCGAGCGGCGGGGCGGCGGCGCCCGCGGGCCCCCAUGGCCGCGGCGCUCCCGCCGCACACACCCACCGCCGCCCCCCGGUGAGCGCCGCCGCCGCCCCUCGGGCUUGGCGCUGCCGCUGCGCGCCCGCGGCGGGGCCGCUGCCCGCAGCCGGGGCUGAGCGCGGCGGGAGGCGGGCCGGGCCGGGCCGGGCGGAGGCACCAUGCAGGCGCGGCGCCUGGCCAAGCGCUCCAGCAUGGGCAGCCGGCGGCUGAGCGCGGGGCCGGCGGCCGCGCAGGCGGACGGGGCCCGGCCCCCCAAGCCCGAGAGCGCCUGGAGGCCGCCCCGGCGGGAGGGCUCCGCCGCCGCGCUGGAGGAGGAGGACGAAGACGAGGACGUGGUGGUGGAGGUGGAGGAGGAAGAGGAGGAGGAGGAGGGCGGCCUGGGGAGUCCCCCCCCGGCGCUGACCGGCCACGGCAAGGGCCCCCUCCGGGGGAGCCUGAAGGCAGCCAGCAUCAAGCGUGAAAUGACCUUCCCUGCAUUUCAACACGAGGAUGUAAAAAGUGACAUCAGUCAAAAACUGCCAGACCAACAGUUUCUCCUGUUCACCACAAAGGAGGAAGAUUUAAAAACAGCAGAGACCAAAAAACCAAACAGAGCUCAUGAGUAUGAAAAGGAAAACACUCGCUCUGUUUGUCUUCUGGAACAGAAGCGCAAGGUUGUUUCUUCAAAUAUUGAUGUGCCUCCAGCAAGAAAAUCUUCAGAAGAACUGGACAUGGAUAAAGUAACAGCAGCCAUGGUACUCACCAGUUUAUCCACCAGCCCUUUGGUCCGCAGCCCUCCUGUCCGACCCAACGAAUCCCUAAACGGGUCUUGGAAAGAAGGAGGAUUUGUGCCUUCUAGUACCAGCAGCAGUGGAUACUGGAGCUGGAAUGCUCCCAGUGACCAGUCCAACCCAUCCACCCCAUCUCCACCUCUGUCAGCUGAUAGCUUCAAAGCUUUUCGGACACCUUCCCAGCCAGAUGAUGGUAUUGAUGAAGCUGAAACAAGCAACCUUCUCUUUGAUGAACCCAUUCCUAGGAAGAGAAAGAACUCCAUGAAGGUGAUGUUCAAAUGCCUGUGGAAAAACUGUGGGAAGGUACUGAGUACAGCUGCAGGGAUUCAGAAACACAUACGGACCAUUCACCUUGGACGUGUAGGAGAGUCUGACUACAGUGAUGGAGAGGAGGAUUUUUACUACACAGAAAUCAGGCUCAACACGGACUCGGUAGCUGAUGGCUUGAGCAGUCUUUCCCCAGUCUCUCCGUCUUUAGCAUCUCCUCCUUCCUUUCCUACCCAAGAUGCAAUCCGUCCUGAAACUUCCUGUGCCAAAACCGAGACUAAAUUGAUGACACCUCUGAGCCGCUCAGCUCCUACCAACCUCUACCUCGUACACACGGACCAUGCUUACCAGGUCUCACCAACUCAUAAUCGUCCUGCAGGGAGUGGAGAGCAGAAACAGUCCCACACAGUUCUUUCAUCACCGCCUAGAGUAGCGUUUGGCUUGAGGAAGCCUAGAGGGGAGGGGAAAAAGUGUCGGAAGGUCUAUGGGAUGGAGAACAGAGAUAUGUGGUGUACUGCCUGCCGAUGGAAGAAGGCCUGCCAAAGGUUCAUCGACUAAAGAUUGAAAUUAUGCAGAGGAUUUGGGGAUGGGGGAGGACAACAGCAGAACCAGACUGCUGCAGCUGCACUGUAUCACUUCCCAUUUUCCCUCCAGUGAUGUGGUGUUGAGGGGCUUUUUUUGUUGGUUUUUUUGGGGGUGGUUUGGUGGUUGUUUUUGGUUUUUUUUUUUUAAAGAGCUUUGUAUUUCAAAGUGAAGCACUUGUAGCCAAGGAGAAGCACUAAAUCAAAACCUGUGUGGAGCAAUAGAGAAAACAAAAAGCAAAACCAAGAACAUACAACAAAAUUCUGUCUUACUAAGUAUGGAAACCAGAGCAGCUAUUAGUGUUUUUCUGUAGAAGAAAGGAAAAAGUUAAAUUUUUGCUAACUCUGUGAGCUACUUGCUCCUUAGGAUAAUUUUUAACCAUUUCAGUCUCUGUGCUGUGAACGUCUGUAUUUGCUAAACUGAACAAUUUUUCUUUUCCUGAAACGAAGAUCUCUUUUUGAAAGCUUUCUAAUAAACACUUCAGAGUCAUAUAAGCUACAGUUUACUCAACAAAAGCUGUACUAAGACGGGAGACUGCUAAAUAAUUCUCCUGAUAGGAUUGAUCAUGAUUAUAUUGUAUUUUUGGAAAGGGGAUGUGGGGAGGAGUUGGGAUUUUCAUUUGUUUGUUUACAGGAGAAAAGCAAAGUCUGAAUUUGCAAGAAGGGCAAGCAGUGCUCCUGGAAGAUUUUUAAACCAGGCACAGACCAGUGGAGUGGAACAAAGUAAUUUAAGUACCAAAUUGGAUUUUGAUCCUCUAGAGGAAGAAAAGCAGCAAUGGAAAGUCACCAGCAGAUACUGUCACGUCAAGAAGUUGAGGGAAGAAAUCCAGCGAUGUUUGAUUGAAACCCAUAAGAAUACAGUGGGGGUCUAGUAGCUAUUCUUACGGCUCUCCUGUUCCUGAGGGAGGAUGACCAGUUGGACCAGCACGUCUGUUGCUGCAGGAGGCCUAUAAAGACCGGGUAAAUGCAGCCACUAGGAUUGUAUGUAAUACCGAUUCAGGGACACGAUCCAGCCCAGCAGUUCUUCUCCUGCUUCCUUUUCUCUUAUCUGAGAGAUUUUUAACAUAAUGGUUUGCUAAGCUUCCCCCCACCCCUUAGAGUUGCUAAGAUCUUGAUGCAAAAAAACAAUAGAGAAAGGAAAACACCCCCUUUCCACAACAUCAUCUCAGAAAAAGAAGUACAGCAGCAAAGGAGCAACGUAUUUAUGGUAAAAGUCCAUUUCUUAACUCAUUUUGAUGUACAAAUUAACAAGUUUCUCAAUUUGCAGUACUUGGAUAGAUAUGGGUACUUCUGGUUUCUAUGUCCAUUAGAAAGUACACAAGAAUGCGGAAAGCUGAUAUUCUGUCUCAACUUAUAUCGAAUUACUAUUAAUUAAUGGUUAUUUCAGUGCAAAAAUAAAAUAAGGGUUUGCUAGGAUAUGAAUGUAUACAGUUAAAAAUACUUGCUUGUUAAACAAAGUAAGACACCUUAAAAAAAAUCAGGAAAACACAGAAGCAAAACUUUGCCUAUUAAUAGAGGCAUGGAGGCCCACAAACGCCUGGAUUUAUUUUUUUUUUCAUACAAUUUGAAAUUAGACCAAUUUUUUCUUGUCUGUGCCAGCUCAUCCUUACUGAGAAAAAGGGGGGCUCUAAGUAUCUAAAGAGUGCCCUGAAAUCUGGUCCAAAGUUCACUUGACAGCUUUAUGAAGCGUGCAUCGCUGCUUAUGCCUGUGUAAAAGCACAAAAUAACAAUGCAGUUGUUAAUGGACACUCUUGAGUUCAGUGAAGGAGUGCUGAGAUGCAAAAUUUAUAAUAGGAGCUACCGAAGGUUAUCAUCUGAUUUUCUUUGAACAAGUUAAUUGGGCAAUCAGAUGCCUAAUUUGAGCAUGCUAUUGCUGCAGUUGUUUACAAAUUGUGUGAUUUACAUGCACAAGUGGCAAGAGACGUUUGCGUGCACGCAAUUACUCCUUUUUUUUUCCCAGUCAUGUUCGCUAAGUCAUUUCUAAAAAAAAGGAAAAUACACUCUGAAAUCUAGUAAGACCCUGAAAUACAUACAUGUGUGAGUGUUUUUAUAUAUAUAUAUUAAAAAUAUAUAACUAUAUAUUAUAUAGUUUUAUAGGUGUAUAUAUAUAUAAAACCUGGGAUCAACAGAGAGGAGAAAGACUGUUUUCUUUAUAAAUAGAAGACAAGACAUUAAAGGUCAGUGGAUCCACACAGCCACUCUUUUAUCGUCUUUCCUCUUAAUAAAAUGUGGGUCAUGGGUUUUCUUUGGGUGUUGUAUUUGUUUUCAAUUUCCGUAGUAAAAUACCUCAUAGUAAUUCAUAGUCAUUUCAUCUUCAAACACCGAGCUUGCUGUUGGUGUAAUUACUUUGGUAGAACUUAGAAAAUUGGGUCCUUUCCAAGAUACUCCUGCCAAUUCCCACACACCCCCCCAAUUUUUACAAGCACUCUGAGACUAAUUAUAAAGCAUUCCAUAAUUAAUUUUACUAUUGCUAAACUGACAGUAUUUGCCUGUAUAUUUGUUGUUCCCUUCCUUUUAUAUUUUCCCUUUUUGCUCUGGAGGAUUUUUUUGAAAAUAACGUAUCAGAUUGUAUAUUGUUUCUAUAACGUAAUGGCGUUGUGAGCACCUUUCCUGAGGGCACUUUACAGAUUAUUGUAAUAAGAUUAUUCUUUAUAAAUUUCUGCACAGAAGAAUGGUUUUGUUCCCAGAUCAGAUAUGGAUUCCAUAUUGGCACAAAAGCCACAAAUCUUCAAAACGGGAUAGAAAGUUGGUGUGAACAAAACAGAGGACAUAAGAUUCUUGAUAAAUCCUGCCAGGACAAAGCUAAAUUACCAGUACUUUUACACAACCUUUAAUCAGCAAUUUAUAUUAAAUCAGUUUCGUAUCUUACGGCUGUGGCAUUUUGAUUCAAAGUAGGCCUUCCUCUAGUCACCGUGUCUCGACCGUGGCCUGCAAUAGCGAGACGGCGCGGCCAUCUGGGCCUGCAGGAGGCAUUCAUUAGUUGCGUUGUGCUUUGAACUCGUGUCACACGAUCACUUCGGCAUCUGCCGAGACCCCCUUUGCCCUCCUGACACACCCAGAAAGGACAGAAGUGUCGGCAGAGCCCUUCCUGUGCUGGCGCAGCCAAGUGUAAUCUGGAAUAACCUCUUUGGUUUUUCAGUUCCUUGCUUUGGUGUUGCUUUAAGCUGCAUCACUGUCCUCCUAAUGUCCAGUUCAGCUCAAACCACUGCACCAGCCUCCCCAAAAGACCGGGAUUUGUUUCCCAAGGAGGAGCUGGCCUGAAUGCUUUGGUCAUUUAUUGUCACCAGUACACGCCAUUUCCCUGUUUUCGGUGUCUCAGUGGGAGGCAGGUCAUUGGCUGUGACCUCCCGGAGAAGGCAGAAAGAACAGCCUGAACACAUCACACAGUCUCUGCAUGCUGCGGGGAUUUGGAUGUGGGGUCAUUUAUGUCAAGAGCAAGAACCUCCCCCUAGGAUACAAAAAUGGAAGGAUCUAUUUUAUUGGGUUUAACCACUUAUUAGUAUUGAUGCUGGUACAGAAAUUGCCAACAUCAGUCUCAGAGUGGAGAUCGACCGUAUAGAUCCUAAAUAUUUUUCUUCAGGAGCUUUCUUGCUAUAACAAAGCUAUUUCCCACUUCCCCACUUACCCCACCCCCAGAAAGGUCUGGAAAAGGAGAUAAUUUUAGAAGGGGGAAAUUUUAAUGGCAAUUUUUAAAAUGUGGCCGCUCCAACUGCUCCUGUAUGAAAUAGCAGCUAUUGGGCGUUACAGAGUAGGGUCAUCUUAGUCAUAAAAUGGUUUCCAUCCAAAACAAUGUGCCUGAUUCUUUAGUGCCUUGCACAAAUGUAACAGGAUACACAAGAUGCUAAGUGAGCAAAAACUCUUCCAUUCCAGUUUGCAGGUUUACACUUAACUUUUAACCAAUACCAGUCAUCACCUAGCAGCUAUCCAUUGUCAUGUAAGCUAGACCUAUACGCCCUGCUUAUGUGAAUAAGCUGAGUAGAAUGCCUAGCUGUUGAAUUACUUUAUCCAAGUCAUUAGCCCGCUAUGAACGUUAGGUGUCUAAUGAUCUACAGGUUCCUUGCACCCAUUCACCUAGACUGACAUCACUUUCUUCAUUCCUUCUCCCCUUUGUUUCUUAAGAUAACGAAUGGGUAGACAACAGGAGGCAAAGCUUUAGCCAAAAGUUCUUGUAGAACCUGCAUGUAAGAACAGAUUCCAGCUCCAUGUCAUAUCCCAAACAUCCUUGUCACCCAGCUUUAGUUUUUUCACUUCUCCUCAUCCAGUGAGUCGGGAUGGUUUUCCAUUUCUUGCUACGGUCUGGGGCCAGCUAGUGUGGCCCUGCCGAGACUGUAGGACAGUCGCUGUAAGUGUGGCAAUAUAAAGCAAUUUCUUUCUUCCCCUGCCUGUAAAUAUGUUGAAAUACCAUCUCAGAAACAGGACGUGAAAUUAGAAGCUUGCUGGCCAUGUGUAGAGGCGUAACAGGUUACCAGUGAGGCUUGUUCCUCUUCAUUCAAACUUCAGUCAUCCGUAGGAGAAAGUUGUGCCGUGCCUUUUCUUAGAAGUAUUUUGAUAAGGAAGUGUUUGCAGUCUCAUUUUGGUCUUAAUUUACACUUUAUUCGGUCUUCCUGUAAGGUAGUAGCGCUGGAACCAAGACCUGUACGGAGUACGGGAUUUAAUCUGCGUUUGUCAGGAUUUUUCUGGUAGGUAACUGUGGGCUGUUGCAAAGCAUCACAGCAGAGAUUUUGUUCUACUAUAAGUUCAGGAGAGAUUUAUGGCACCUUUAGCAACAUAGCUAGAAAGUAAGUUAUGAGCAAAAAUUAAUCAAGCUGAGGGUUUAAAUGCAUCUGUGUCUGCUAGCCAUGUGCAGCCCUUGUCUGCAUCUAUGCGGAGCUUGAAAAGCGAAACAGCCGAUGUACGCCGACGGGUGGUAGCGCCCACUUGAACUGUUCUUUCCAUCUUAGGCUACAGUGCUUUCUCAUAGGCCACGCUCUCACUUCUAUCCAAAUUCAAGAUUAAAGAUGUGCGUCUUCCUCUUGCAGCUUCUUGAGUUCAUUCCUGAAUACGAAAAACACUGAUUGUGUUCCCUGUGCUUCACAUGGACCAUUUUCAGUAGCAAUCGAGAAAGACCCUGAAAAGAUAAAUCAGCCCGGUUCUGAUGGCACCAAGCAAAAUAAAAUAUGGUUUUCUCCUCUGCUGGCUUGUACUCACAGCAAGAAUUCGUUUGGCCAGUCAGCUGAUGGCAUGUAAGGGAAUGGAUAAAUUUAGUUACAGUGUUCUCUUUUUUUAACACAUUUUAACAGCAAGACUUUUUCUCCUUCGGUGUUUGAAUGUGAAUGUGAGAUCACUAUUAUACCCUUGAGGGAAAUUAAUUUAGCAAUAGGAAUGCUGUUUCUGCUUUCCUCGUACUGGGCAUGCACCCAAUAUUAUACUAACAAGGUUGGGUUUCAAGGUUAAAUCUGAAUUCUUGAUGUAAUUCAAUGCUAAAGAUGGGCUCUAACAUUUUAAAGUGUUUGAAUGUGAGUUUACCAUUUGCCAGUCCUCUUAAAAAAUUCAGGUUUGACUUUGGAGUCCUUAUCUUAGCAUGUUAUACCCUGCGGCAACUAGUGUGUGAUGUGUAAUGGUCGGAUAAACAAAAGUGACUAAAACGUUUGUGGAAAAACUGCCUUGGGAAGACAGCGGAAAAAAAGGUAGCCAAUACAAAUUUCCUCAGGGAACCUAAGAGGGCUGUAAAGGCAGGAUGUAGGUUUAUUGAACAGAAGAUGGCUAAGAAAUUGAUUUUUUUUUUCUAUUCUAGGCAAAAUUUAAAGAGCAAUAUGUUGCUACUUGAAUUAUUAAAACUAGAAGGAAGCACUAAUUAGUCAACAUGGUCUCACUUAAUGCUAUAGCUUAUGAAGUUCCAAAUAGAAAAAAAAAACAUGUUAGAUAAUAUAAAAAUAUAGAAAAUUAGCUUGAACCAUAACCUGAUUAUAAUAUAAAUCUAUACAUCUGUAUAAAUCUUCAGGAUCUACUGUAAAUAUAAGGGCUUCUUGUUUCUAUAGUUGCUUGGUCAAAAAGCAUCCUUUGUCUCUAAUGGGAUGACUUCUUACCAAAUUACUUCAGCAAGCAAAAAAAAAAAAAAAACCAUGUUAGCAUAAUCUCCUGGAGGUGCUGAGUGCUCUAGAAUAUGCAAACUCUCAAAUUUUUCUUUAUUUGUACGCAAAGAAAUUAUUUUUAGUCCAUAACAUUUUUUCCUAUCAACUCUUUCCUGUGUCCAGGGACGCCAUUCUGCAAACUCCCAAAUAUUUAUACUGAAGUGAAUAAAAAUCAGAAGCUUGAGUAUUAGGACCUAAAAGUGUAAAUAGCACCUGGCAUCAGAAUUUUUAGUAUCAGCAUUUAACUGCAGUAAUUAUUUCUUACAGUGGUGCCAACACAUCUUUCAGGGAAGGGGUGCACAUAAUCUCUAAAGGAGCAGGUAUGGCUGCGCAGAGGUAGAACUGCUGGUAUUCCAACAAUAAAGCGUAGGCUGAGGUUCAUCAGAGCACUCAAGUAUGUGCUUAACUUCACUUGCGGAGUUUGUCGAUGAGACCGUCUGUGUUUCAAAAGUUAGGCACGCGUUUUCAUGCUCUUCUGAACUCAGGCCUUGGCAAGAGAGGUACUCUUACAGCUUCGUUUGAAAUACACACUUUGUAAGACAAUCUGUCUUUUUCUGAUUUUAUACAAUUUGUCUUGUAUUUAGAAGACCAGGCAAAUUUGGAGAAUUCUUUUUUAAAAUUAUUUUUUACAUUGCAGAAGGGAAGUGAGAAAGUAGACAAGUUUAACUGUACGUUUCAGCAUGUGAAAGCGUUGCUUCGGUUUGUAAAAGGUGUCUAUUUGCCAUCAAGCUCAAAGGAACUUAUUUGAGCACAUCAGAAAAAAAACACAUGACAAGCAGGUCACGUUAUAUAAAUUAAUAUAGUUCCAUCUGUAUUUCCUGCUCGCUCAGCACUCCUCCAGGCAACUGGAGGCAUAGGAGCCCUCAAGUAUGCAAGGAAAUAAAUAAGUUUACCUAAAAACAGGAGUACUGUGCUUUAAGCCACAAAUGAUGUUGUCUGUGUGUAAUUUUUAGUUGUAGAAGAAAACAGACAGUAGCCUUAUUAACAAGGUGCAAUACUUACAAAGGGCUAAAUUCUGGAAACAAGCGGUGUGUGUUUGUACUUCACCGCAGAAUGUGCACUCUUUUAAAACUGACUUUUAUAGCACCGGGAUCUUAUUACCUCUCUGAAAUGAUAAUGUUGGUAUAAUUGUCUAACCAUUCAUUAUACAUUAUGAAACAGGAUUUGGGACUUCCUAAGAACCAAAAGGAGGAGAGGGGGAGCUAUAGAUCACAUAAAAUAGCGAUAUGUUGUUGUACAUGGUAGAAGUAACCUAAAACACCUUUACAGAACUAUACAAAUUCUGGAUUACUGAAAGAAAAAAGAUAUAUUGCCGUUGGUUAGAGAUAGUUUAUUCUGAAAUUCCCUGUAAUGUCAUGAAAAUGCCUGCUUUAGUGUUCAGUGUUUGCUUUGUCUCUUGCAUCUUACUAUUGGGUUUUAUUUGUUUGUAUUCUGAUUGUGGAGACAUUCCUGAAUUACCAAUACUUGGCUUGAAGUUGUGUUCUUUUGAAAAUAACUUUUAAAAUUGAGAUAUUUCUUCAUCGAACUGUACAGUCUGAAUGAGCUCAUACAACACGAUCUGCUCCAACUUAGUGGAGAAUUCACGCAGGCAGAAGGUUAUAUAGGAAAAGAUGACAUUGAGGGAUUGUUGUUCAGUUAUGAAGAGGAUUUGAACAACCAAACUAAAAGCUCCGCUCACAUAUUUAUUCUUUCCAUCUGCACUGUGGGGUCAACAGGGUACAGGUUGCCAAGUAUGGUGUAUCUUGCAAUCUUACACCUUUUUUUUUUGCUGUUAAAUGAUGACAUAUACAUAAUUUUUCCCAUCUCUCUUACGGGUUUUGUUCAGAGUCCAGAAUUAACUGAAAGGCAGAACUACUCAGAUCUUUUGAACACAAGGCUGUUUGGUCACUUCCCUGUUUGACUUCCAGCAAAGGGCCAAAGGAUAAAUUCAAAUUUAGUGACAGUAGUUGAAAGAGGCUUGAGCCAGUCAGGUAAGACCCAAGACAAAAUUGCUCAGAAUUGAGAACUGAGGAAACUAAUCUUAAGCAGCCAAUUUCAGAAGUUUUCGGUUUUGUUUUGUUUGGUUUUUUUAAAUUACAGCCUGAUAAAAAGUCUCGUUACACACUUAAGAGCAGAAUGCAGAUAGCAUUGUAACUAGCUGAGCCCUCAAAGCAUUACAGGUUUUCUCAGGAGAGCUGCAAUUAUUCCCAUCCAUAAGUGCAUUGACUAGGCCUGCUCACGUGGGUAACUGAUGUAGAUCGAAGGCACUUGGGUUUUCCUCUGUGUGAUUAUUUCCACUGUAAUUGGGAGUGUAAAAUUACGAAUCUCCCUUUCUGAGUGCUUGAGAAGAGAGUUUUGCUGUUAGGCUUUAUGAGAGGGAUGAACACGUACUUAGGCACAUUUGCAUGGCUCUUGGAAGAUGGUGGCUCAGUUUCUAGCAAUACCAAAGUGGCCGUGCUUUGGCUGUGUCACUUAGUGACAGAUUUAAGAGCUGUUAAGCACAUGCUGUUCAGCCUGUAAUCCAUCCUACUGAUAGCAGGCCCAGCAAGAUGGAGGUUUCUCGGAAUGGGAUCCAGGGUAGCCAGCCUGUUGUGAAGGGAGUCGCCACCAUGACACCAGCCCGUGUGCUGUCAGCUGGAGCAAGCGCACAACUCGUGUCCAGCUUCAGGCAGGUGGUCCUCUGCAUUCACUGGACCCACAGUACAAAACGCUCUUUCGAAGCGUUCUUUCUUUCAGAGAUUAAAGUAAAAAUGUUGGAGAAAUUUUAUGUUACAGAAUGUCUACAAUAUUUUCAGAGCUGAAAUCAGAAGUGGUGGUUUCCCUCCUUUCCAGAGCCACGGUGCAGCUCCCCAACUAAGCCGUAGGAGUGUGCUCCCAUCUGGGCUCCCGCAGAGCCCUCUGACUUUAACCAAGUCCUCCUCACAAGAUUUGCUGGAACCCAUCAAAGAGCCCUAAAACCAGGCCAAUGUAAGUUUGACUCCCCCCCCCAGGUAAAGGAGGCUUUUUCCAACUCCUUCCAAACUCUUCCACUUCCUAAGCGAGUGCUUUAUUAGUAGACUUUUAUAAAGAGGGCAUUGCCCCAACACUUUCCAGUGGCAUUUCUAACACAGCGCCAGCCACCACUGCAUUUGCAAGGAACUGGAUGUUAUCUUUGUCAGUCAUGGGGUUUUGGGAAUAUUGUUUUAGAUUUAGAUCUCCACAUUUCACCUAACGCUGUAGUUCUGCAGCAGCUUAAGUUGGCAUCAGCUUGUGCUACUGUUGAAAGAGCUGUUCCUGCCCCUUGGCAGAGACAGGUUUAGAGAGAAAUAUCCCACGUUAUGGUGGCUCAAACCACUCCUGAAAGUGUAGAUCUCUAUAAAAAGCUUAAAAACUAGCUCAGUAUAUGGCUUGCUGGGUUUGUACCUCUGCUCUUAAUGUGGCAGGCGCAAUAAUACUGUCUUUAUCCCACCCUGUCUUGGCUGGAGACUCAUUAAGGGCCUGGACUCGCACAUGCUCCUACAGCAGCUAGCUCAGGAGAGCUCUGCUAACGGCUGGUUGCUUAGCACUACUGGAGUAACAUUAAAACAGCAUCGAUUUUGAUACAAAAUGGAAUCUAUAGGGGAAGAAAGAAGAGUUAGAUCAAUAAUCCUACAUGUAGUGAGUCUUAAAACUACAUCUCAACUAUGCCAUGGUCUUGCUAAGCAGAUAUUGGAGGAGUUAAGGGACAUGCAAAGCAGCCUUACCAGACCUUGAUCCUCCCCUGGCCCCAGGGACAUCCUGGAGCCAGUCUGGUGCUAUUCAGCGUCAUCUCUCAGGCCGGGCAAGGUUUAUGAGGGGGGUGGGGAGGUGGGAUCUCUGAAAUACAUAUCCAGGCAUCAGAAAUCCAGGGUGUAUUUCUCCUCUGGACAUGGUAGCAAAUAGGAAAGAUCCUCAUCUGCUUUGCUAGUGCAGUUUUUCAGCCUCUUUUUAUUGAAGCAUCAGUGUAAUAAUGACGGGAAUGCCAGGAAGAAGGUCAAGGCUUGUAAGGUAACUGAAGGAAGGUAACUGUCAGCAUCAGUUGCAUUACAUUGUUUUAAACUCUGAAAAAACCAAUUGUUUUCUUGUCAUCUGCUAUUUACUUCAUAUAAGAAAGGCGUUUCCCUCAUAGAAGGGGGUGAAUUUAGCAGCUGUAGGAAAACAAAAGCCCAACUGCCCAGUUUUUAUGAAUAUGGGAUUUCUGAUACCCUCUGCUUGCAUCAGACUGCAGUAUUUAGAUCCGUGCAUUCUUUUGUCUCACUUCAGUCACAGAAGAGCAAUAUCUGCCCGCAAAGUUGUUCUUCCUUUGUUUCCUAUAAAAUAUUGUUUUGGAGAAGAUGAAGUAAAUUUAAGUUCUGUUUUAAAAACAUUUUUUCUGAAUUAUUAUUUUUAGAACCAGAGCAUUUCCUCUUUCACUCAGUGUAAAAUUACUGACCUUUAAUUGCUCUGCAUUGCACUUUAUAUUUUUUUUCACUUGCUGGGCCAUGUAUUUUUCAUACACCAAACAAUGAAGGUUUUGUUAAUGUAGUUUUAACUAGAAAUUAACCAUGAAACUAAGAUGUUUUUAUGAAAAUGCAAAUUCCGUAAAAUAUAGCAAAUAAACUAUUUAGAUGAGAGACAUUUUUAAUGACAUGUUGAGAAACAACUUCUGAAAUUAUUUAUCAUUUGGUGAAUUCGAUGCAUUAAUGGAUAGCAUGGUCUAAAAUGGAAUACGAAUAAGCGGGAGACAAAGUUCUAGACAUUGGGUUUGCCUCUAUGCAAAACCUGCAUUAGUUUAAUUGACAUGGGUCUUUAAAAAAUUAGCCUAAUCUCUAGUUUAAAUGUAUAAAGUUGAAAUCAGUUUAACUUAAUUACCAAAGAGAUACGUUUUCCACUGCGCUAACGCAGUGCUGUGCAGCAGGCGGUCUGAGAAGCCCCUUGUCUCUGGAGGGGCUGAACUCACACAAGUAUGAGACACCACCAGAAGCCAUAUGCAAGUAUAUAUUUUCCUGCUUUAAACAGCAGCUCUCCAAACUGUUAUGCUUACAGGCCCACUUCCAGGUUGACAAUGGCAUUUCCGUUUGGUUCUUCCUGCCUUCAUCCCCUCUAAUAUUGGGAACUAGUGUCGUAAAGACAAUCUUCUUGUUCCUAAUUGAGCUAACGAAGAACUCAUCUUCCCUCUGGGUUUGGUGUUAAACUUACAGCCCUAAUACUAUUGCCUGUAGUUUAGCUUAAGAAUUUUUAGAUGCCAGUUUCAGUGUUUUAAACAAAGAACGGCUACCCUACGCCAGCACUGAAUCCCUUUCAAAUCUUGUGGAGUAUACUGAAAAAUAAAGACCUUUUUUACUUUUACUUUGUCCAAACUCUUCAUUCCAAAACAAAGUAGAAACGUGGAAGUCUGCAGUGACUGGAAAGUGCAUGGCAGUAAAGAGGGGAGAGAGAGAGGCAGCGAUGCUCUUAUUUUCUGCCCAGGGCGAGCCCUCCCUGGGCUCCCCUCUCCCAGGCUGAUGCGCACGUGCGGGCACAGGCCACGCACAGCUCUGAAGUCCUUUACACCAUGGUGCGAAAUCCCUGCAAAAGCACUUCGUCAACCACCUCCCAGAGCCCCCAGUUCCUUUUAAGGGACUUCCAGACAUUCUGCUUUUCCAUUUCUACAUCCAUAGGUAAAAGUAAAAGCUAACUGUUAGCAGCUCCAAUAGCAUGAGUACAGUCUCACCUUGAGUUGCAAACGUAUCCUCUUGCUGUUUUUAAUCAAGCUUCAGUUUCGCCUACAAAAGAUGGAUUUCUGCACGCUGUAAAGCUGUUGUGUCUUUUCAGGGACUAACUGGAGUCCCCGGAGUGUGGCAAGCGCGCCGCCAGUGGCACACAAGCUACAUGCUUAACGUCGGUGAGCACCGUGAUACCUGUACAGAAGAGAGAGCAUAGAUUAAGAUUACCUGUAUGUCCUACCACAGAAAUGAGCGCUGCUCAGGUCUUGCAGUUGUGGAAAAGUGCUUAAAGCCUUUGCACUAAGCAUGGUGUAUCUCUGGAAACUCAGUUUGUGUUUGGCUGAGGAGCAAGAGCAGUGACAGGCCUACUCCAGUGUGGUGGUCCAUCAGGCAUCACAGAUAACAGUCCUGUUGCCCGACUUGUUUCUGUAUUUUCAUUUGUCCGUUUGAAGAAAAGCUUAGAAGAGAAGACUUUUCAUGUAGAUCAUACUCAUUAGCAAUAUGAUUUGAUUCUGCCCUCUGGGGGCAGUGCGUGGGCCAGCACAGCAGAUUUAGAUAAGGUGCUUCUAUGGCUAGUGACUUAGACGUAGCGAAAACCUGUUUCUUGUUAGAAGCAGGUGCUUUUUCCUUUCUUAAGAUUAAAAAAAAAUGCAGAACAACAAAACACCACCAUGCAGACCUUUGUUAAACUCUCACUGUCUCCGUGUAGCACCGGCAGCUGGGGAAAACUCCAGAAUUCAGAGGACCUUGGCCAUAACUCAUCAAAAAGCCUCUGUGAUCUACUGCGAUCUAGUGCUAGAUCAAAAACAUGUAGACUUGGUCUCUCCAAAGAAUUUUGCUGUUACUUUAUAUGAAAAAAAUGUUAAAAUCUUUGUGUCUGCAUCUGAGUCAAUUCUGCCUGCUGAAUGAAGAGCACUUCCAAUAGCCGUCAGAUAUGUAGGGAGUCAUUCUUGCUACAAGUCGUGAUGCUCCAAUCAUUUAAAACCUUUUUCUUAAAUGAAAAACAUUUGUGAAAUUAGCAAUGUGCAUAUUAAUGCCUAAAAGUCUAUGAAAAUAAUUCCGUUAAAAUACUAAGAAGUAUGUGCUUGCACUUGAAACGUAAAAGAAAAACUACUGAAAUACUAAUGCGCUAAGGACUAGCUCCUGAGUUUUAUUAAUGUACUAAACCAGCUUUGGACUGAGUAACUUUUUCUAAAAGUUGAGAAGGAAUAUUUUUUUUUCUCAAGUUAUCCAAGUAAUCCAGAUAAUGUAUAGUUUGUUUCUGGUCACUGGGUUUUAGAAUGAGCGAAUUGCAUCCUCUUGCACUUCUAAUAUUCAUUGUACAGAAGCAAAUCUUUUCUGCUUUCUUAUGUCCCACUGAGUGAUCAGUUUGCUAGCUACAGGCAGUGCUUCCUCACAUAGAUGGCAAAAUAUGCUUUGAUAAAUUUACUCUCCUCGUGAAUUCUAAUUAUCUGAUUAAUAUAUUUUUUCUAGUUUCAAAAAUGCUUUUGUACAAUUUUCAUAGAUAUGGUUGAAUGAAAAUUGCAAGGAAGAACCCAGGUCACCUAAUAAGUGCAUUACCCACUUCUUUUUCCUAAGUAAAAAUUAAGAACAUGAAGUAUAAUGAAAAAAGUCAAUUCAUUGCUGAAUGCAAUAUUUAUAGAACAUCUCGAUUAGUAAAGAGCAGUAAUCUUUGUUAAAGUUAUAUUUAGUAGCAAACCACUGUGUUUUAGUAAGUAUCACAAGUGAGAAAGCAAUUUUUCUUCAGAAAAAGCACAAAUGGAAAACAAGGUUAAUAUCAAUCAUUUAAACCAAGGUUUUCUCCUUGUCUUUAAGCCCAUCCUGCCUGGUACAUUACUGAUGUACCUUCAGGGAUGCUCAGGACGAUAGACAUUCCUCAUGGGAAACAGCUAGGUUCCAAAGUGAUAACCAAAAUAAAAGCAGAAGUGAGCAAACUCGUAGAAUUUUCUAUAUACUAGCUCAGCUAUUGCCAAAAAAAGGUACUACUCUCUGCUGAACUAGAGUUUCAGCAUUUUAAAAGAAUCGCAUUUUAAUCUAGCUCACACAGCAGAUUUAAAACCAGAUUUCUGUUGGUUUGCUUGUAUGACUUACAGGACUUACACUUAUUAAUUAACCUCAGCACAGGGUGUACCAGUACUCAGAUGACCACAGCUGUAUCGGAAUCUCUCGAAAUCCCCAAAUCUAUUAUACGUUACUACAGAAACAACAGUCUUCAAAUGAAAAGCUACUUGAAAUUAUCUCAAAAAAAAGCAAGAAGAAAAAGAAACUCAUUCUUUAUUUGGGAAAUGCCGUUCAGCUACCAUUAACUCGCAAGCCGCGUGCUUAACUGGUCUCCUGUAGCUUUGUCAGGUCGCGUUUUUGUUGAAAGCAGGUGGUGAUUAAACGACGUAGCAAAGAACCUUCCUUUGAUCCUUGUAAAUGAAUGUAUAUGUACAAACUAUGCAUUUUCAUAUCGCUGCAUACUGCAUCUUGAAUCAAUUCAAAUCCGGCCUUUUCCCCUAAAUUAGCAACCCCCAGACUUCAAGAGCUGAAGCUGCUCCCAUCCCCUUUAGCGUGUAUUUGUCUCCUGUCUUGUUUCUGCUCUCCAAAAACCUGAGACGCAGGACAGAGAAGUCCUGAGCCGCAGGGCCCCAGGAGCGGAGAGGCUGUGGGGUUGUGGCCAAGGCAGGGACCUGGCAUGCUCUGUCGGGGACCAGUUUGGACUCCCAGGCCCAGCAUGGCCAAGCAGAGGGACAUGGUACCCGUGCUCGCUCAGCCAGAGCUGCUGCUGCUCCUGCUUCGGCCCUGGCACCUCUUGCACUUGCUCAGCAUCUUGCAUGCUGGGGCAGCAGAGCAGGACCAGCAGCUGGUCUCUGACAUGGGGUCAGGAGGAAUUUACAGCAACACUAGAACAAGCUACGCCAAGGAGGCGGCCACUGCAAAUUGGGCUUGCAGCCACCACCCUUCCCCUCAGGAGAGCAUUUUCAGGCACCCUACCAGCCCAGUCUCAUUCUCACCAUCACCUCUUUACAGUGCUCUGCGGCGCACCGCUGAGGAGGCACGGAUGGCUCCCCAGGGGUCAUGGUCUCACGGCUGAGACCUGCUGCCCCAGGUGAUACAUUGCUCAAAGCACUCAGUCCUUCAUCCUAAGCAUUGACUGGGCUUCAGGGCCAGGGUAUGUAGGAGAUGAAGGAUCAGACCUUGUUUUUAGUGUACCCUCUUGGAAGAGAGUAGGAAAGAUAAAAAAUGGAUGUCUUGUUCUUGUAGCUGUUGUAAUUAAAUGAAGGAAAAAAGGAUUGCAUGCAACAUUCUUCCGUAAAUUUUGGGUUGUUGCUGUUAAUAUACAUCAGCGCAGUCUGGUCAGUGAAUGAAGUGUGUUUCUUACGGUUUAUCCUACAGGAAGAAAGAGGAAAAAAAAAAAGACGUAUUAAGAAUCUCCUUGCUUUGGAAUAAAGCAAGUCUGGACUCAACAACAAAGAAAGAUUUUGUUUAUAUGCAAACUAUUCAAGUAUUUGAUACCGGUAUGAAGGUGGUGAUAUUCUUAUCUACCCAGAGAUGUGCACUCAUCUAGGUUAUGUUUAAUUGAAAAGUAUUUUUACAGUGCGUAUUUGCAUUUGAUGGGCUAAGGCCUUUAAUUUUAUAUUCUUUACAAGAAUUAGCGUAGAAAUUAUGUUCUCCCUGUUACUGAGCUACCUGCUCUUGCUAGGUGUCCAUUUGCAUAAAGAAAAUUUCCACCGCUUCAGAAGCUUUUGGGUUGCUUUGGUUUUUUUUUUUAAACACUGUCCUUUUUAAAAAAUGCCAUGCUUUUCGUACGUUGCUCAAUAGAAAAACAUAGUCCUUACCAGGGCCCCUACAACGUGAUCCACAGAACCCAAUGACUUGAAAAAAAUGCUCGAGGGCAGGUCUCCAGCAGCUGUCAGCUGCGGCAUCUCCCAUAGCUGUGGCCAUUCAUGUCAGCGGAGGAGCAGCCCCGGGAGGGUUAUGCAGCGGUAGCUGUAGGGAUGCUCAGCGUGAUACCAGAGGCUCUCCAGAGCCCACAGACCUCCGAGACCAGGACGUGGCCUGUAACAGCAACAGAAGGACACUUCUGCGUUCUUUGGCAUUCUGCGACUGCCUGUGGGCCUGGCAUAGCUCUGGCUGCGGUCCCUCAAAUCAAAGCUCUGACUGCAACCAUCAGUCCUUUGCUGUCACUAUCACAAAGUUAACUUUUUAAAAUGAGAGCGAGCUUCCAACUCUGGCACUAAUGGAAAUACUGAAUACUUUUAAUAUAUAUAUAUAUUUGAAAAAAGUGUUUUGUCUUUUUUUAUACAACUUUUAGCCAAAUAGAAGUAUUCUGAUUAUUACUUCUGUGGAUGCCCAUCCACCUGUAAAUAAACUCAUAUUUUCAGGUACAUGAACCUGAAUUAAAAAAAAAUAAUAAAGACUGUUCACUGGCUAUGCGCUUUGCUAGCUUUGGGUUCCUUUGUACAUAAGAGGUAACUGUUUAAAUGUUGGGUGGGGGUUUUUUUAUUUAAUUGUUGUUCCUCUAAAGAAAGAAGAAGAAAAUAACUUUUGACUUUGUUUUCUCUUUUCUGAGUUAAUACAAAGAUUUUCUAACUUUUUACUGCAGAAAUGGAUAAAUACCUGGUGCUAUGUGAAUUUGAGUCAAACUGGCCAUAGCAGACACACCAGUUAGAAUGCACUUUUCCUGUGGCACACAAUGUAUUUUCUCAGAAGGGACUUUCAAAGGACCAUCAGAUGUUUACAUUUCUUCUUGUUGCCCCAGAUAGGUUUGAACAUUGAAAUAACUCCCAAAAAAUUGAGAAGGUCACGACCAAUUACUGAUGCGACGAAUCCUUACAUUUAGGUAUCUGCGACGGUUUUGUACAAAUCCCAUUUUAGAGAUAGUUGAAAUAUCGGGCUUUCAUACUUUGUAAUGCUUUGAUGUGACAAUAACUAUGCUGUUGCUAUCUAGUCUAACCUCACUGUAGACCUGUAACUUCCUGUUUAUGUUUAUGUCCUGAAUUGCACUGGCUUGAAUUCAGCCAAAUACUGACUGUUCAGCUGAAAUAUUCCGACUGUUACGAUGUCCACAGAACAUUGAUUAAAUGCACUUGUAUCUGA